UGCUCUAUUACAAUAUCCGCAAUGUCGUAGUGUCGUUAAGUAUAAUAUACUGUAUAAAGUAUUUUAUUUUAUUUAAAAUAAAGUAAUUAUAUAUAUAGUGAUAUUUAGUAUACUUUUCUUAAAUUGGCCUUACGUUUGCGUUUCACAUCGAACGUGUUAAUUGCCACUGUGAUGUUCAAAUUAUUUUCAUCAGUUACUACCAUGCAAUCGAGAGUAUUGGUCGGAAUAAGAAGUUUAUCGACAUCUGGAGGACCAUUACUUUUCCGUUCAUCUGUACCGAUGUUUGCUGAGCCAUUGAAAAAAAAGAAACGUUUGGAUCCACAAAUAUUAAAAGCUAGAGAGGAUAGAAAACGUAAAAAAAUAGAAAAAUCAAUUAGAAAAUUGGAAAAGGUAUCCAAAACGUUAAAACCUAUUGAUGAGGUACAAUUAAUGGCUUCAUUAUCCAAUGAACUUGACAGUCGUCAGAGACCAACUAUAGUGCAUAGUAAUGAUAAGCUUGAGAAACAAAUAGAUGCAGCAAAGGCCUGGUCAAUGUAUAAACACGAUGAACACUUUUUUAAUCUUCAAGUUAUCAAUGACCUAGAGUAUUCACAGCAACGUGCAUUGAAUGAGUUACGUGAAGUUUCUGAAGAUUUGUAUCUUGCAGCUGUUGAUAUUGAUGAAUCCUUAUUGACAUAUGAACUAACUGGACCAGUAGAAACUCCUCCAAUUGAAAACUACCAAAGUCCUGAUGGAGAAUAUAUUGAUAUUUCAAAAAAAUGGGACUAAAACAAUGUAAUUUAAAUUUAAAACUAUGCAUGAAAGAUUUGAGUACCUAAAUAAAGGAUUAGAUUCUAUAAUAA